AUGACCAACGAAGUACUGCAAAAAGUCAUAGAAACCCUCAUCCACCAAGAUCGCCAAAUUAAGAGCGCUCUAAUGCUCCUCUACAAACAGCUUCAGUUAGUCGUCGAGUUGGAGGAAAAAUUGAUGAAGGAGGCAGCAUCUACCCCUUCCCUUUCCAAAGUUCUUAUAAUGAAGCCAAGGAUGUUGGUUGUGGACAUGAUGACGACUCUACUCAACUUAAUGGAAGGGAUUGACAAAUCGAUCACUCGAUGCCAAGACAUUAUCGAAAACAUGGCCGACGACUGA